AUUCAUGGCAAACAUAUUAAAUACAGACAACGAACACGAAUCACUCACACACUUUAAAUACUUUCACAACAAACUUAUUAAAUCCACAGAAUUCUGAGGAAUUCGCAAACUAUUUCCUACAUUCAAGAAGUAGUUAAACUCUUUAAUCAUCAUAGGUAGUCAAACUUACCAAUCAUGAUGCAAUUGAAUAGGGCGUGCCUGGGAAAACCCGGUCACACAAUGUUUCUCAAGAGUCGCACAGUUCAACCGGUUGUGGUCUCUGCGAAUCGGUUUAAAGCGAUGUUGGGCAGAUCGUAUAUGGCAGAGAAGCAUGAGAAAAAAGCUGCUGAUGAAGAGGAGCAUCGCUAUAUGGAAUAUCUCAAGGAGGGCAGCGAUAAGCUUUGCAGUUGCUUCACUAACGUGGGUCAAGUAUCGUUUGACGAGGAGCAUCAGGCGCGAUUGGAUCAGGAAGUGAGGGAAGAUGAAAUUAGGAAAAGACAAGUUAAAAAGGAGGAUGAACAGCAUCGCAAGGAGCGCAUAAUGCGAGCGAAUCGUAUAUUGGAGAACCUCAAAUCGGGUCAACGAGCCCUUCACCAUGCGCUCGUCGAAAGCGAAUUGAGUUACCAGAGAAACUUCAAUGAAACUCUUAACCGUGAGAUCGCAGAAGAUGCAGUACGUCAACAGCGUUUGGACGAACAGCAAUGUCCAGAGGAAUUGAUACCAUUUUGUGGAGUCACCGAAGAACAGGAGAAAGCUGAGCAGGCGAAGAAGUCGUUGGACAUACGCGAAUACUUCCAAAAGGAGCUAGCGGAAAGACACCAACAACGACUUGACCAAAAGGAGAAAGAGCAAUGCGAAGUAAUCAUUGAGCGAGCACAAUAUAAAUGUCUGCAAGAGGAGGAAGAGAAAGCAACCAAGAAAUUGGCGGAAAGCAAGCGAGAGUUUUGUCGUCGUGCCUACAAGGAAGCGCUUAAGGAAAAAGCGGAAGCUGCAAAGCUUGAGCACAUUUAUGACAAGAUCGAAGACCGUGUCAUAUGUGUGGAUAAGGUGAUGCGGCGUAAGCUGGAUUCGCGAAACGGACGCGCAAUAAAAACGCUGCGAGAGAAUCAAAUACGUGAUCGAGAAGCAAUCGCCAUAAAGCUCUGCCGUGUGCAACAGGCCAAGCGUCGUGAAGAGGAGGAACAUCAGCGCGAAAUCGUGGAACAUCAUGAUGUAGAAGUGAAUGCAGACGCAGAGAGCAGACUUUGUCGAGUAAAAGAGUUGCGCAAGGAGCGAAUUGCUUAUCAAAAGGAAGAGCGUAAACAGUUGGCAGAGAAUCGCAAACGAGAUGCGCAAAUCCAUCGCUUCCAUGUUGCUGAACGCUUCAAGAACCAGCUGACUAACGAACGCUUCGCAAUCAUGCAGAAACGAAAGAAAGAGAUCGAAACAGAUAAUUUGCGUAAACUGCUUCACGGUCAACGGGAUGAGUUCCUCGCACGUCGCAAUAAUGAAUUGAUGCGCAUAUCGGCCUGUGAAGACGAUCCAUAUCUGCAGGAUGACGUUGCCUUCUUCGAUGAUGCUGUCAAAAUGGUCAAGCACGCCAAGGAAGGAGGUCGUCCAGUUUAUCCCAUGGCCAAGGUAGUUGAGGAUUAUCGCCGCAAAAACCAGAUCGAUAUGGUGCCCGAGGGUCGCAUGGUGCGCAGGAAUAAGCUGCGCGAUUAUUGCUGGCCAGGCUAUCAUUCCAAGGCAGACUUGGCCUACCGAAAGUACGAUCAAAAGGAAGAGUGCCGCCAGAAGCAGGAGAAUAAUCGUCAUGGCAUCUUCGACAAGUGCAUAAAAAUUACCAAAAUGGCCACAGAGGAGAAACCCUAUAAGAAGUGCGCCAUGGAGUGUCCCAUCAAGUGCAUCCAAUAUCGCGGUUUACCAGCUAUGGACGACGUCGACUCCUUCGAUUGUGGCAGCAAUGUGUGCUACAAAACCCUGCGCACAGCAAACUAAUUAUUAGCUCUUUUCUAUAAUUUUAACAAAGAUUCAUACUUUUAAACUAUAAAAAAAGCGAACACAUUAUCAAAUCAAAAGAAGUUU